AUGACACCGGUUGAACCCUUUCAUUCUAAUGGAGAGAAUUCCAGCGUCUUUUCAUCAACAGAAACAUUAGAAAAUCUCGGGACGAAGGAAAUAAACUUGAAAACUAAUGAUGAGCAACAAAAUGAAUUGUACAUCAUCAAUCCUCAACCAGGCAAUCGAUCUCGUAUCAAUAUUCGUACGGUUGAUUAUGAUACAGUACUUAUUUUGGCAGCCCGAGUAGGAUCUAUUUGGGAGUCUUCAAUAGAAAAUCAUGUCUCAUCAAGUCAACCUAAUGCAUCUCCAAGUACCAAUCAGACCAAAGCACGGGAACUGAUCGAAUAUCUUUUAAAAAAAAUAUCCACUGGUAACGCGGAAGCAAUUAAUGAACAUGACGAUGAAUAUCGAACAGCUCUUCAUCAUGCAAUUUUGCAUCGACGAUGGGAUUACAUGAAACGACUAAUUGAUUUUGGAGCGGAUGUUAAAGUUAAGACUACACUUAAUGCAACGGUUCUUCAUUUUGUUUGUUUUUCGGCUGAAGAUGAUAAAGAAUGCUGUGAAAUGUUAAAAUAUUUAUUUGAAAAUACAAAAUGCUCGGAUAGUCAAUUUGUUCUUCAGAAGAAUACCGAUAAUUUAACAGCUGUUUGUAUUGCCGCACAACGAUCUUUCGUGCAAACAGUUGAGGAGCUUCUCAAACAGUACGAAUGUUCACAAGAACUUAAUUCUUGCAGUAUUGAACUAGAAUAUGGCAUUCGUUCAAACAAUAAAAAGAUUUUUGAUACAAUUUAUCACAAACACGAAUCGUGCUCUUUCAAGGGAAAAGAUACAAAGAAAUAUUUACUACAUCUUGCUGCUAAAUUCAACAAUAAUCGAGAAGUUUACACUGCAGUGGAUGAUAAUGAUAAAGAUCAGCAACGCGAUAAUAUUUCACAUAAAAUAAGUACUGAAUAUAAUCCGAAUGCCUGGAAACAAUCAAAUAUUGAAGGUUACACCCCGUUGCACAUUGCAGCCCAUUAUGGCAACAAUGCAUUUAUUCAGCAUAUCAUUAACAACGUCAAGAAUUGGGAAGACUAUGUCCGUCAAUCAACGAAGAAUAGUAGAAAAAUGAAUGUAUUACAUAUUUGUGUUGAACAAAGCGGAUCGACAUUAUCACCUCCCGAAAACGAAAAGGAAAAAAGCACUGCGAUCGAUAGGAAUCGUAAAUAUUUGGAAAUUUGUGAAACUAUACUCGAACUCAAACUCGAACGCGAUCCUGAUUAUGUUGAGAAGUUACUUCAAGCAGGUGACGUUGAUAAAAAUACUCCACUUCAUCUUGCUGCUAGAAUGAAGAACGAAGAAAUUUUUGAACGUUUAUUAGACCACGGCAGAAAGCUGAAAUGUUCUAAUCUAGAGAGUGAGAAAGAAAAUUGUAUGUAUGGAAUAAUCGAACCACGGAAUCGGCUCGGACAAACACCAUUGUUUGAAUGUGCAAAAUAUAAUCGAAAGUCAUUUAUGGAAAAACUAUUAUUGCCAAGACAAGCUAAGCCGGGCGAAUGGAAACGAACACUUGAUCGAUUAAUAGAUGAAAAUCGACAGACAUGCUUACACAUAGCGUGUUAUAACGGUAAUCUGGAGAUUGUUCAAUAUCUUGUUACUGAGCAUCAAAUUUCAGUUGAUGUUUAUGGAGCUAAUCGACAGACUCCAUUGUAUGGAGCUUGCGAAGGGGGCUUUGUUGACGUUGUACAGUAUCUACUUGAUUAUACGCACGCCGAUCCAACAAUCAAAACAGCCAAAGGUUAUAAUUGUCUUGAUAUCGCCAUCGCAAGACACCAUCCUAAAAUUGUCAAACGUUUAUUGAAAUAUUCCGAAUGGCGUAUUUUAAUGAAAAGUGUUCAAUAUGAAGACAAUGGUGUAGCGAUUACGCCUAUGCGACGGUUGAUCAUAUCUAUGCCGGAAAUCGCCCAUGAACUUAUUGAUAAACAUUUUACAACAAUUACUGGAGAUGCUGAUCAACCGAAACAUUUAAUUAAAUAUGACUACACGUUUAUUGAUGAUCAUUACAAUAUUUGUGGUUGGCAAUUUGAUGACUAUGCUGACAAGUCCGGAUCAAAAUCUGGAAGGUGGAUUAAUUCUAUGUUAAAUAAAGUAAAUUUACCUGGGCAUCCUCAUCCAUAUUCACCAAUUGCAUACAAAAUACUUCGUAACCAUCCUUUGAUGCUGAUGUCACAAUGUAAUCAAGAAAAAUUAAUGUCACACCCAUUGUGUGUGGCAUUACGCAAAGCGAAAUUUCGGCGAUUUAGUGUCUGGGUGCUUACCUUAUUCUUUCUUAGCUAUAUUAUGUUUAUGGCUUUGUAUACUGUUGUUGUUCUUCAAAUAAUUCAUCCACAGUAUUACUAUGAUCUCUAUAAUUCAUCUGGAAAUACUUCAGGCCAAAACAUCGAGUGGGAUUAUGGAUUCAAUAGUGACGUCUGUCGACGAGUAGGAAUUUAUUUGAUUGAAUCAGGAAAUACUGAUGCACGAAAGACGACAAAUCAACAAAGAUAUAUAUUGACGCUCGAUGUUUUAUUAAUUUUAUUUGCGAUUAAAAAUGUACUUUUCAUAUUAGUUUCGUUCCCACGUUUUAUUCGUAAAAUGGCAUACUAUACAGAAGGGCUUGCUCUAAUAUUAGUAUACGUGUGUAUCAAAGACGGUGAUUCAUGGCAAAAAUCCCUGAACUUUCGAUGUCCAAUUCAAUGGGAACUGGGCUCAAUUGGUCUUCUAUUUUCUUGGCUAGUAUUGCUCUCAUAUAUGCGUUAUAUUCCUUGGAUGGAUAUCGGUCUAUAUGUUGUUAUGCUCGAAGUAAUUCUUUUAAAAUUUCUUCGAGCAAUACCUCUUUUAAUGGUACUUUUCUGUGGUUUUGGUUUCACUUAUUACAUGCUAUUACAAUAUGAAACUGUUUAUGCGACCCCAUUUGAAGCAUUGUUUCGCACAACAUUGAGUCUAUUCGAUUCAGGAUAUGAAAGUCGACUUUAUAAUCCGCCGACUGGUGUUAUGUACUAUCCUGUCAUUUAUUUCGUUUUCAUUCUUACCGAAAUUAUUCUAACUAUUCUUAUUACAAAUAUGUUGAUUGGACAAAUAUCAUGUUAA